AUGGGUUGCGAAAUCCGCAUACCCGAUUAUUCAAAAAGGCAACAGCUUGCUGAUCCUGAAAGGAUAAGCCCGAGAGCUGCAGCAGCGUUGAAUCCGUUCGGCAUGUUGCAGUUGCCAUCACAGACGCCUCUCCGGAUGCCCGUUGAGAUCUCGUCAAAUCCGCUUGCCCUUCACAAGAAGCAAAGCCGACCCACGUUCACCGGCCAUCAGAUUUUUAUGUUGGAAAAGAAGUUCGAACAGACCAAAUAUCUAGCCGGAUCUGAUCGUGCACAAUUAGCCCAGGAGUUGAGCAUGAGCGAGAGUCAAGUGAAGGUAAGUACUAGUAAAGAAUUUCAGCCUUUAAUUGUCACAAAAAGGGUGAGUAAUGAGGGAUGA